GGAACCGUGACGUGAUGCUUCCGACGGCAAAGUGCUCAGAGGCCGCGGGAGACCGAUGCAUAUGGAUGAUCGCCAGGGUAAUAAGCAGCACCAAGUUCCCUCCCACUUCCUCCUUGCCUCAGCAACUCUUUCUGCCCCCUCAGGUCCAUCUACAGAACAACUUGCAGCGCCGGUUAAGCUGAGCGAAAUGGACUCAGUCUCUUGGUCCAAUGCUGCUGUCGCGGUCGCGACCGUGUUGGCUAUUUCGCGCGUCAUGAAACUCAUAGAAGGCAGAAAGGCCGUCAAUUACCUCCCUGGCCUAGUCAUACCCUUUCAACCGUUCUCGAUUCCUGGCGUCAUAUUCCCUGAAACUUCAUGGAAUCCAGGUUUGAUUUGGACGUGGACCUGGCGCAAGACUCAGAACUUGUAUGAACGCUACAACAACGACACAGUAGCAAUCGUACCUUACCUUGUCGGCUCGCCGACAUUAUACACGCGAGACAUGGAUGUUGGCCGCCAGAUCAUUACGGCGGGACACAGAACCACAGAAUUCGGCAAAACCGACUCGAUGAGUGGUGCCUUGCUGUUCUGGGGACCAAGUGUCGUGGCUGUCGAGCGAGAGAUUUGGCGGAAGCACAGGCGGAUUGUGGGACCUGCUUUCAACAAUGAGACGUAUUCUCUAGUGUGGGACACAACUAAGCAAAUAUACAACGAGUGGAUCAGUGCGGAAGGAUGGACGUCAAAGGGUGUCAUCGAUGUGCCUGUCAUGCAGGCGUUGACGUUCAAGUUCACCCUCAUUAUCAUCGCAACAUGCGGUUUCGGAUUUCCCUUCUCAUGGAUCGAGCCUCCGCGAAACUCGCCUGAGGAGAUGACACUUCAAGAGUCGUUCAAGAUUAUCUCAGAAACGACACUGUUUGCUGUCUCUGUUCCAAAGUGGGCGUGGUAUAUCCCUACGAAAUGGGUUAAAUCCACUCGCAAAGGAUACGACACAAUGCGCGAAUUCGUCAAGUCGCAGGUUCACACUCGCCGGGAGGAGAUCAGAAACCGAGAUCAAGACGCUGACAAGCGAAAGGACAUCUUCUCCCUUCUACUGGAGGCCAAUGAGAAUGAAGAGGGCGAGAAGAUGGCGCUGAAUGAUCAAGAACUAGUUGGCAACGUCUUCGCAUUGCUGUUCGCAGGGCAUGAGACAACCGCCCAUACUCUCGCUGCCACCCUUGGUUUCCUGGCAUUGGACGUGGACCUCCAGGACGAAAUUGUUACCCAAAUCCAGGAAGUUACCUCGGGCCGGCCAGAUGGCGAAAUUCUACUCGAAGAUUAUUCCCGCCUGGACAAGGUGCUCGCUGCUUUCUACGAGGGUGUUCGCAUGUUCCCCUCCGGGAAUGUUCUUAUUCGUGAAGCGAAACAAGACACUGUUCUUAACCUGCCAAAGCAGCAUGGUGAAGGUUACAACCCCUUGCCCGUCAAGAAGGGAACCCAUGUUAUUGUGGACAUGGUUGGAGUUCAAUAUAAUCCCAAGUACUUAGCCGACCCAGAUGAAUACCGUCCCUCGCGCUGGUAUGCCAAAGGGGGCAAUCAGAAAGAAGAUCUCUCGGAGUCUGAGGAAUACACUGCUUUCAGUGUCGGUCCUCGUUCAUGCAUCGGACGCAAGUUUGCUACUACAGAGGCGGUUUGUUUGCUGUCGCACAUGUUGCGCGAUUGGAAAGUAGAGCCCCUCCUCCUUCCGAACGAGACCAAGGCGGAAUAUCGCCAGCGAGUCAUGCAAGGCGUCAUGCACCUCACGAUGGGUGUCAGAGAUGUACCGCUUCGGUUUUCGAGGCGGAAGUAGGCGUUUGACGUUGGAAAGGUGUAUGAUAUCUUUUAUUGGAUUAUCUCUGGACUCUUAUAUAUGUUUUGUUGUUCCUCCGUGGUGGCAGAAAUUUAAUCUCCUUGGUGCAAUAUGUUUUAGAAGGUUGCUCCUUCCCAUACUAUCGUCGGUCAUUAACGUUUUAUCGC